AACACCCCAGCCAUGUACGUUGCCAUUCAAGCUGUGCUGUCUUUGUACACCUCUGGCCGCACCACUGGUAUUGUGCUAGAUUCUGGAGAUGGUGUGAGUUACACCGUGCCAAUCUAUGAAGGCUAUGCCUUGCCACAUGCCAUCCUGCGUCUGGACCUGGCUGGCCGGGAUCUCACUGACUACAUGAUGAAGGUCCUGACUGAGCAUGGGUACUCCUUCACAACCACAGCCAAGAGGGAGAUUGUCCGUGACAUCAAGGAGAAGCUUGCCUAUGUGGCCCUAGAUUUUGAAUCUGAGAUCGAGACAGCCAGCUCCUCCUCAUCCUUGGAGAAAAGCUACGAGUUUCCUGAUGGCCAAGUCAUCACCAUUGGCAAUGAGCGUUUCACGUGCCCAGAAACCCUCUUCCAACUCUCCUUCAUUGGGAUGGAAUCUAGUGGGAUCCAUGAGACCUGUUAUAACAGCAUAUGUCCUCCUCUCGGUCUGCUGGAGCGGUUGCUAGCAAAGCUUAAUGUCUCACUGCCUAAACUUGCAGAAACCACAGUAACUAGAGCAGCACUGACCUAA